GUUUUUAAGUAUGGUAUUAAGAUAAUAUGAGUCUACGCUUCGUAGUAUGCAGUCGCACACAAACACACACAUAUAUAAUGCUUAGUAUCGUGGCCGUUUCAUUGCCGCGUUACAUGGAUUUCCGUUCGCUUUUUUCAAAUCACCCCCAUUCUAAAGAAGUUUUCAUGAUCCGAAUACCGAGAGUGAAAUAAAUGACGAUAUUGUGUCAAGUGUCGAGUUUAUUGAAUAUUACGUUGAGAUAAAUAACGUUUCAAUGUGUAAUAUAUUUUUCUGUUUUCAAUACGUUCUUUUUAACUUGCUUUUAAAAAUUUAAAAGAUAUACCAAGCUUUCUCCCAAUUCGUUCCUUUUCGUUAAUAAUUUGUAAUAAGAGAAGACCACGGUUAGGUCGUUAUCCAAUCAAAGACGAAUGUGUCGGGAAAAGAAACUAGCAGCGCCCCCACGUAAAUACGUUUCACCAAUGACAUAUACAGAAAUCCCCCUCGAUAGAAAAUGAAAAGACAGAGAAAUAGUGAGGGAGUAAGAGAGAGAAAAAAAUAAAAACGAAAAAAAGCAGGAAGAUAGUACUAAGGGUGACUAACGAGUGGGCCAUAGAUGGCGCGGGAGAAAGGGAAUAAAAGAAAGCUGUUGAGUCUGUGAGAAAGAAAGAAAGAAGAAGAGGGAGGAAGGGGGAGAGAAAGAGAUGGAGAAAAAGACUCGCGUCGGCAAAGGAAAACGUCAUCGAAGUCGCUCGACGUCAUCGUAUCGUCGCGCGUUGUCGUUGUCGCAGGAGACGCCUCAUAGUAGGCAACCCGUUCAGCAGUCUCGUACGAAGUGCCACGGAAACGAACAACACGAUUCUUCCUCCUAUCCGUUUCUAUAAUAUUCUCUCUUUCUCUGUCUUCUCUUUCAUCCUCUGCCUUCUCUCUCAGCGCACGAUCACGAAAAAGUUUUACGAUAGGAAGUGGAAACCCACGAGGACUUUGGGGUGGCCUUUGGGAGAAGCGCAUCGAUCCGCGACUGCACUAACUGCAACACGGACGAUACGAUGUGAACGGAUAAAUGCUCCCGUCGAUAAUUACGGGCGAUAGUCGAGAGUCGAAAAAGAACUCGCGAGUGUACUCGUUUGAUCGUUGUCGUUGUUAUUAAAAAAGCAGCAUCAAUUUCUAAAUGGGUCAAGUCGUGCCGGCGACACGAUAUGCAAGAAACAUUGCCACCACGAAUCACUGCCUGGCCUAGUUUUUUCUUCCUCCUCCAGUACCAUCGACACAACUACUACCACUACCGACCACUACUACCACCACUUUCAACCUCAACUCUACCACCUCCUUCACCUCGUUCUCGAGGGCAAACGAAUAAAGGGUGAGAGGAAUAACGGUGGUAUUUCACGCGACUAGUGAACAUUGCCAGUGACUCCAUUUACAAAGUUUCGUCUCUUUACUAUUCUCGUCGUUGUCAUCGUCGUCUUCGUCGUCGUUAUCGUGCAGCCAUGGAAGACUGUUCUCCGCGAUUCGUGUCUUUCGGCUAACGGGAGUGCAUCGAUCACUACUACUACUAGUAUUCGUUAACAAAUAAGGCCGAGUAACAAAUCGAGCCGAGGUUAUCAUUACCUAGGAAGUAAUAGAGUUUCGUUAAUUCGUCAAAAAUGGCUACGAAUAAACCACCAGAGAUGAAUUACACGUGCGAGAUUUGUGGGUUGGAGGGUCUCAAUGACGAAGAAAUGAGAUCGCACAUGGUUUUAUAUCAUGUUCAAGGAGCUGCCAAUUGUCCUUUUUGCGAUCUCGACGAAAUCUCGCCUGCAGAAAUGCUAGUUCACGUAAACAGCGCACACUUGGAUUAUUUAACACCAAGUACUCCAGAAAACGAAAUGCUGGCAUUUAUCGAUGAUGACUCCACCAUAGAGGAUCAUAGACAUGACGAAUGCCGUGGCCCUUCUCCAUCAAUGUCUCUUAGACCACCACAUCUACAAAAUGGAUGGUCUGCUUCUCACAGUUCUCGUAUGCACCAACAACAAUUACAGCAACAACAGAAUUCUAAAACCCGUAAAGUGGAUGUACUAACUGCUAGUCCCAAUGUAAACAAUAACAAUAAUAACAACGAUAACAGCAAUGCUAAUAGCGUAUUGGAAGGUUCAGCUGGUCAUGGAUCUCCAUUACGCUCAGGCCUAAAUCUUCAAUUACGCUCACAUGCUUCUCCAAAAUUAGCUGUUCAAGAAUGUCCAAUGUGUCAAUAUACUUCAGACAGUCCGUUAAGAUUGGAAGAGCAUAUCAAUCGACAACAUUUCGAUCUCACUUCUCCAUCUUUUCCACCUUCAUCACCUCCAACUAAAGACGGAGUCUUCAACUGCCCCUUUUGCGUAAUUUCAUUUCCUGAUUCCUCUGAUCUCGUGUUACAUGUUAAUAUCGAACACAAAGAUAUACUCAGCCCUGCAAAUGGAUCAGCCUUGCAGUCUGAUUUGGCUACUGUUGGUAGCGAUACACCUUCCUGUCCAGUUUGUUCCAGUACAUCGUUUAAAAAUAAUGAUGACCUAACGUUACACGUCGAGGAACAUUUUAACAAAAAAAGUACUCCAUCACCCAUAACACCAGACCAUUCGACAGAUAGAAUGUUAGCAAAAGAUAUGGAGAGGCGAGAAAAAGAAGUUCGAAAAUUACGUGAGCAACGAGAAUUUGAAAUGUUACGGGCACAAUAUGGAAUGGACAAUCAGGGUAAUUUUAGAGAACAAAGUGUGACUAAUAUGCAACGAGCCGUCCUUGCAGGCGAAAUGACGGUAGCAGAUUUUUAUGAAAGACAAACAGGGUUAACAGUUGCUGAAAGCAGUGGUAUCGAUGAUGGCAGUUCUUGUACACGUGGGCUGGUUCCCAAAAUACGAGCUGUUAGUCAAACAUGCAGUAACGUAGUAAAUACAUGGAUGUGUUCUACAGUGGAUCAUUAUGCUUGUACUUAUGGAGAUAAAGGCUGGGGCUGCGGCUAUAGGAAUAUGCAAAUGUUGAUUUCAUCUCUUUUGCAGCAUACUGGAUACAAUGAGUUAGUGUACAAAGCUUGGAGUUCUGGCCUUGAUAGUGGGAGUUCCAACGACAAUCCUUUGCGUAGUUCUAUGCCUUCCAUAUCUAGGCUCCAAAAAAUGAUAGAAUGGGCUUGGGCUCAAGGUUUUGAUAUUCAAGGUGCUGAGCAGCUUGGUGGUAAACUUACGAACACUAGGAAAUGGAUUGGUCUUACGGAAGUCUCAACUUUGUUAUCCAGUUUAAGAAUAAAAUGUCAGCUAGUAGACUUCUACAGACCCACUAGUGCCGAUGGAGGACAUCCUGAAAUGUUUAAUUGGGUGUUACAAUAUUUCCAGAGAUGUGACGACUUUAAACCUCCACUUUAUUUACAACAUCAAGGUCAUAGCAGAACAAUAAUUGGUGUAGAACGAUUAAGAGAUGGUUCCAUAACAAUGUUAGUAUUAGAUCCAAGUCACAGCCCAUCUCAAAUGGCACAAUUUAAUAGUACGAGUAGUGCACCUGGAGCAAUGCGACUUGUGCGUAAAUCAACUGCUGCGAUGAAAGCUAGACAGUAUCAAAUUGCUACUGUCACUAGUAUUAUGGAUACAGAAGAAUCUUAUCAACAAAGUAAAGUAUUACAUUGGAUGCGCAUUCCACAAGACAGCUGAGAAUUGCUGCUCCAAAUGAAAGCACAGCAGUGCUCAAAGAUAAUAGACUGCCUCAAACCGUUCUUGUCCAGCAUCCUUGAAAUUACGUGACCGUAAUGCUUUAGGUUUAUCACUAGCAUACUUGCCUCCAUUAUAGUAGCAGCAAAAUGAUUAUGUAAUUAUAUGUUAUAUUCUUGCAUUUCUAGCAUGAAUAACGAACUGGCUCCUUGACACGUUGUGUGUUUUAUGCGUGCGUCGCGGUCAACAAUUUCAGAAUAAAAAAUAUCAAAAUUUUGGUACGAUUCGCUUAUUAAAUUUUUCAAGCACGAACAAAAUUCUAAUUCUUUACGGAAUUACGGUGUUCCUUGUAAAUUAUAUUCUGAUAAAAAAUUAUUACUAUUUCUGGAAGCACCCAUUUAUUGUCGUGUACAAGUAAACAAAGAUAUAUAAGACAAUUUACUAAUGAAACUAUCAAAAGAUAGUUAUAAAUUCCAUUGCCAUUCCUUAUUCAAUAUGUCUACUCAAUUUUUGUCGUCUUAAACAGGCUGUGUUAACUUCGAUCCGGCCAAUCCUCCUAUGGCGAUCGAUAAUACCAAUUGAAAAAGCGUCCUGGCAGAGCUUGGAAAAAAUCUUUUUCGUAGCUGUGAUGCGGUUAUUUAAUGUUGAUCGUUCGUCUGUCAUAAACAUUUUUAGAGAUGCUCCAAUAUCGAUGUCAAUGCAGUAUUCUCUUGUUAUCUGUCUUUCUUUGUGUAUGAUAUAUCAUUCUAUGGAAAUGCUGUCAAUUUUCAUUCGAUAUCGAAUGCCAGUAGGUAUAUACGUACAUAUAUAUGUACUUACCUACAAUACACACAUAUACACAGUAUAAUAAAAUUUUAUAUGACAAACAAAAUUAUUCUUGGACGUGUAUUGAUUAAUAGCUUCUGUAUAACUGGGAGCAUCUAAAGAAAUGUUUCUGUCCAUAUACCUAUACCCUAUAUAUUUACACACAAAAGACACUUGCACAUUUGACAUCACAUUUCACCCAGUCACAUAUAAAGUACAACUACUUUCAUACUAAUUACAAAUAUUCUAUUUAAUUAUUCAAUUAACUUAAGACUAACCGUGCCCUAACUCAUAAGUCCAAUGAAAUGCUAUGAAUGAGGGAAAAACGAAACUACAGUCCAUUUACUUGUUAUUUAUAUUAUAUACUUAAUCGUUACGUAAAUUAGUAAAUUCUUAUUAUUAUUACUCUUAUUAUAUUUCAGAAAUUAUACUGAGAUACCAUUAAGAUCUAUUUAUUAUAGUUACAAUUUUUACGGUGACCAUUAUAAAAAAAAAAGGAAAAUGACAAUUUAUCAUGAUUAAAGGGUCACCGAUUGUUUUAUGGUUUCAAUAUUUAUGAUGCACCAGUCAUAUUUGUCUUUUGGCUCAAUAGGACCACACGCAGUAACUAUGACUGACCGCAAAACUACCAAAAAUAAUAAUUAUAGAUAUGUAACAGAUUUUGCCAUGAAUCAAUUAAGAAUCUGUUCAUUAUUAUGGAGUGUUCAGGGAAACCAAGCUGUGGAAUUGUUAUGCAAGAGUAAAAAAAACUUUCGCAUUAGCCACAUGUCAAAUUAAAAUAUAUGCUUUAUUAGAAUUCCCAAGCCCGAUUUUGCAUUUUAUUUCCAAGAACUUAUAAUAAUAUAUUCUAAAUUAUAAAAGAUAAAUUUAUUAGUUAUAAAUUCUAUAUUAUAUUGUUACAAUUGUAAUAUAAUUUUAUAUCAUUUUAUUUCCAACACAAGUGACCUCAUUGUUAAGUUUCUAAUUUUUAUUCAUUUAUCUAGUUGUUUACAGUCAACAAUUUAUGUUAGAUUAAAUUAUGAAUUAUAAACUAUUACAAAAUGUUAACCAUGGCAAGAUACAAAUCACAAUGUAGUUUGAUCGAAUAUUAGCUUAGAAAGAGCUCUUUUAGUUGAAUAUAACAAAUCAUUGUAUUAAGAAUAAUUUAUCAAUCACUUUUGGUAUAUGUAAAUAAAAAUUGGUUAUAUAAGGAAUAAA